CGAGCCUGCGACCGCGGGCCCGAAGGAGAAGGACGAGGCGCUGGAGGAGAAGCUGAGGAACUUAACUUUCCGGAAGCAGGUCUCGUACAGGAAAGCAAUCUCCCGGGCAGGCCUGCAGCACCUGGCUCCUGCACAUCCCCUCAGCCUUCCUGUGGCAAACGGUCCAGCGAAGGAGCCCAGAGCGACUCUGGACUGGAGUGAGAAUGCCGUGAACGGGGAGCACCUGUGGCUGGAGACCAACGUCUCGGGAGACCUGUGCUACCUGGGCGAGGAGAACUGCCAGGUCCGGUUCGCGAAAUCAGCUCUCCGGAGGAAGUGUGCCGUGUGUAAGAUCGUGGUCCACACUGCGUGCAUCGAACAGCUAGAAAAGAUUAAUUUCAGAUGUAAACCAACAUUUCGAGAAGGGGGCUCAAGAUCGCCAAGAGAAAAUUUUGUGCGUCAUCACUGGGUGCACAGGCGCCGGCAGGAGGGAAAGUGUAAGCAGUGUGGUAAGGGCUUCCAGCAGAAAUUCUCCUUCCACAGUAAAGAGAUUGUGGCUAUCAGCUGUUCCUGGUGCAAGCAGGCGUUUCACAAUAAGGUGACCUGCUUCAUGCUGCAUCACAUUGAGGAACCCUGCUCCCUGGGGGCUCACGCGGCUGUCAUUGUCCCACCCACCUGGAUCAUUAAGGUGAAGAAACCUCAGAACUCUCUGAAGGCUUCAAACCGCAAGAAGAAGAGAACAAGCUUUAAAAGAAAAGCCAGCAAAAGAGGAGCCGAACAGGAAAACAAAGGUCGUCCUUUUGUGAUAAAACCCAUCUCUUCUCCACUCAUGAAGCCCUUGCUUGUGUUUGUGAACCCCAAGAGUGGAGGCAACCAGGGAACCAAAGUCUUACAGAUGUUCAUGUGGUACCUGAAUCCACGGCAAGUCUUCGAUCUUUCUCAGGAGGGACCAAAAGAUGCGCUUGAGUUGUAUAGGAAAGUACCAAACCUGCGAAUUCUGGCCUGUGGUGGGGAUGGAACGGUGGGCUGGAUCCUUUCCAUUCUGGACGAGCUGCAGCUGAGCCCUCAGCCUCCCGUCGGGGUCCUUCCUCUGGGGACCGGCAACGACCUGGCUCGAACUCUCAACUGGGGAGGGGGCUACACUGAUGAACCUGUUUCUAAGAUCCUUUGCCAAGUAGAAGAUGGGACAAUUGUACAGCUAGAUCGCUGGAACCUCCACGUGGAAAGAAACCCAGACUUGCCCCCAGAAGAACUUGAAGAUGGCGUAUGUAAGCUUCCUCUGAAUGUUUUCAAUAAUUACUUCAGCCUUGGAUUUGAUGCCCACGUCACAUUGGAGUUCCAUGAAUCCAGAGAAGCAAAUCCAGAAAAAUUCAACAGUCGUUUUCGAAAUAAAAUGUUCUAUGCAGGGGCAGCCUUUUCUGAUUUCCUACAGAGAAGCUCUAGAGAUCUAUCCAAACAUGUUAAAGUUGUCUGUGAUGGAACAGAUCUCACCCCAAAGAUUCAGGAACUGAAGUUCCAGUGUAUAGUAUUUUUAAAUAUACCCAGAUAUUGUGCUGGCACAAUGCCCUGGGGGAACCCGGGAGAUCACCAUGAUUUUGAACCUCAGCGUCAUGAUGAUGGUUAUAUUGAAGUCAUUGGAUUCACCAUGGCCUCUUUGGCUGCCCUGCAAGUUGGGGGCCAUGGAGAAAGGCUGCACCAGUGUCGGGAGGUCAUGCUGCUAACUUACAAAUCCAUCCCCAUGCAAGUGGAUGGGGAGCCCUGUAGGCUGGCCCCAGCUAUGAUUCGGAUCUCACUGAGGAAUCAGGCCAACAUGGUUCAGAAGAGCAAGAGGAGAACGUCCAUGCCUUUACUCAAUGAUAUCCAUCAGGUGCAAGCUGCGGACCUGCGGAGAGUGUCUGCCCCCCCUGGCUCCUUCACCAUUCCCCAGUCUGUCCCUGACCGCCUGAGGAUCCGGGUGAACAAAAUCAGUUUACAAGACUAUGAAGGAUUCCACUACGACAAAGAGAAACUCCGGGAAGCUUCCAUCCCUCUGGGUAUUCUAGUUGUGCGUGGAGACUGUGAUUUGGAGACUUGCCGUAUGUACAUAGAUCGCCUACAGGAGGACCUGCAGUCAGUUUCUUCUGGCUCCCAGAGAGUUCAUUACCAGGACCAUGAAACCUCCCUCCCCAGGGCACUCUCAGCCCAGAGACUCUCCCCACGGUGGUGCUUUCUAGACGCAACUUCUGCUGAUCGCUUUUAUCGAAUAGACAGAUCUCAGGAACAUUUGCACUUUGUGAUGGAGAUUUCGCAAGAUGAGAUUUUUAUUCUGGACCCAGAUAUGGUGUUAUCCCAGCAGGCGGGGACGCCUCCAGGAAUGCCUGAUCUGGUGGUGGAGCAAGCCUCAGGAAUGACAGACUGGUGGAAUCCCGCCCUCCGGAAACGCAUGCUCAGUGACAGCGGGCUGGGAAUGAUAACUCCGCACUAUGAAGACUCGGAUCUGACAGAUUUCAGCCACUCCCGAGGGCUACAGUCACCAGUCUCUUCAGAAGAUCACGCAAUUUUGCAGGCAGUAAUAGCUGGUGAUCUUAUGAAGCUAAUAGAAAGCUAUAAAAAUGGAGGCAGUCUCCUAAUUCAGGGACCAGACCACUGUUCACUCCUUCACUACGCAGCUAAAACCGGCAAUGGGGAGAUUGUGAAAUAUAUCCUUGACCACGGACCUUCCGAGUUACUGGAUAUGGCGGACAGUGAAACGGGUGAGACCGCACUGCACAAGGCCGCCUGCCAGCGGAACCGGGCUGUGUGCCAGCUUCUGGUAGACGCAGGAGCAUCUCUGAGAAAGACGGACUCCAAGGGUAAGACACCUCAAGACAGAGCACAGCAGGCCGGGGACCCAGAUUUGGCUGCUUACUUAGAAAGCCGCCAGAACUAUAAGAUCAUUGGCCAUGAGGAUCUGGAAACUGCUGUUUGACCCUGGUAGACAGAAAGAGAACCUCAAUGAACGAAUCACCUGUGCCCUCCUGACGAUCGGGCAGCUCCCCUGGAAGAAGCUGAUGGAAUCCAUAAAUCUGUCUCUGUCUUUCAAGAAUCUGAGACCAUGCCACCAGAUUUUAAGGGCUACCAAGAUGUACAACAGAACAUGAUAGCCCACUGAGGACGAGGCAGGAUACCUGGAGAUUUGUGGAAUACGAGUUCCACAAAAUUUGAUCCUUAUUGCUUCCAGCAAGUAGCAUGAUUUCUGUGUUCACCUAUAUAAUUUAUUUUAAAGAUUCAAGGAUGUUCGUAUAAAUGGCACUGCUCCCUCCUCCCCUAUGCAUUCAUCUUUCCCCUGUACUGCACAAUUCUACUGUAACUACCCAUCAAUUUAAAAAAUGAUAUGAUCUGUUCUUUUUACAUUCAGUCUUUGAAGACCAUAAGACUCUGAAGGUCUUUUAAAAUCCUCUGGAUAUCCUGCAGAACUAGAACUGUAACACCGCUUCCAUUUCCAAGACUAAAUAUACUAAGACUACUUAGUGACUUUCUUCUGCAUGUCUCCUCUCCCUCCCUAAUCCCUUUUCGUUAUACAGGAGCUGGGGAGUGCCACAUGGAUACUGUCAACUUGUGUGCUAUAUCUCUGAGGUAUGGCGAGGUGGCAUGGGAGUUGUCUGUGCUCAGAGGUACCUCAGAGAGGUAACCCAGGGGUCAGCCCAGGUUGCGGGGCUGCUGCCGAUAGCCAUGGAGGACUGGUUCAGCUUGGGCUGUUUGUCCAGCUCCGUACUGCCUAUGUGUAGCCAUCUUUGCCUUUUGCUGCAAUAGAGAUGAGCAAUGGAUUAAACAAAGGCCUAUAGCUAGUUUGCAGAACCACUCAAUUUAAGUGCUGUUGAAACUGCAGAGCAGAAAACCCUGUGUGGGAACUGUGGUUACAGGAAAUGGAGCACUAUGACAGCGUUUACUUUUAGACUUUUCUGAGUGAUAACAGAAAGCAGGCUAAUCGACUUGAAAUAAAAUAGCAAAAGCAAAAGUAGCAACAUAUGUCAAAAUAACUCACUUAAGCAAGAAAACAGUCUCUGGAAAGUUGCACAGAGGCUAAUAGACUCUUGGGUACAGUGGUGAGAGGGGGCCCAUUUUAGGUUUUCCUUCUAAGUUUUUGGCUUUCAUUAUCCCACAUAAGCCUUGUCCCAGGACAAAGCCUUGUUUCAUGAGUUCCACUGCCAGAUUCCUGAGAUGCCUGCAUCUUUGGGAUGGAUGCCUCACCUACUACUUGUCAGGUUCCAAGGUCAUAUCUGAUAGCACUAUAGCCCCAUUAUUCAUGUACAGUGUGGUCUAGUAACAUUCUUUUCUCUAUUUCCCCUAUCAGAAUGUUCUUAGUGCAAACUUCUAUGGGAGUCUAGCCAGAAACAUCUCUCUGGCAGUGGAAUUAACAGGUUCUAAUCCUGCCACAGAUCAGCUGAUACUAAUAGGUACCUCUGUUAGGGACUCUGUGAUAACUAAAGUACCAGCAGAAAGAGUCUUCUUUCACUGAAAAUACCUACUUGACUUGGUUAUAAGGAAGAAAUGAAAGUGGGUGACCUUUUUGCUUCAGACUAAACCUAUGUCUUCUGAGCUUUCUUCCAUUUUGCUCUCAGACACAAAGUGUUUCCCUAGUGUUUCUGCAUGUGGACAUAAGUGAUUGUUUCUCUACAUUUAAUUUAAAGGUCCAGUGGUGAUGCCUUGCUUAUCGGAUUCACUUUUGGUCGCAUAUCACUUUGAAAGUACAGAUAUGAUACACUGUAUUUAAGAUGGAAUAGCCUCUCAGCAGAUGGGGACUAGUUUGUCCUUAGUUGUUUCAAAAUUAUAUUGUUGGCAUUAUAUCCAGCUAUGGGAGAAUGGAUUGGUUGUGAGAAAUCUAUUUCCAUACAUCAGUCUUACAAAUGGAACUAUCUUUCGGGUCUUCUGUUGAGGGUAAAGGGGACUGCAGUAGAUUAUUUCAAGAAGCUGGAAAAAAAAAUUCCAGGAGAAUUUAAUCACUGGGCUUCUGUUGGGGGGUUUUCAGUUGGUGGGACUUGUCAAGGAGAUGUGAUGACAGAAAUAUAAUCCUUAAAACAGA